GUUUAUGUUGAAUUUUUUUAAGGCAAUUUGUGAGCUUUAUACGAAAUAGCAUUAUACCGUAAUUUAUUGUUACGUAAAUAAUACGAUUUUUUUUCUAGGUUGACCCGCAAAUUAUUAUUAUUUAUGAAUGUUAUCAAAUAUUAAAUUUAUUGACAUCCCAACCUUUUAUUUAUUAAAUAGAUCCUACUAUUCAAAGUAACUUUACAGAUGUGCGAUGACAUGGAAUCUGAUCGUCCUUCAAAGGAGGAGAUAGCUCGGCAGUUCAUGCUGCCAGAACGGAAGUCGAAGAUCGCAACUCUGCUGAAGCAGGAUGGACAAGCGUACUGCAUCUGUCGGUCUUCUGACUCUUCCAGAUUCAUGAUUGGUUGCGACAACUGUGAAGAAUGGUACCACGGAGAUUGCAUCAACAUAACAGAAAAGAAGGCAAAGUACAUAAAGCAGUAUUUUUGCAUGAGGUGUCAAGAAGAGGACCCUACCUUAGAAACAAAGUUCAAGCCACAGAGAAGAAAAGGUGACAGUGGGUGUGAGGAAGGGAAAAAAAAGAAAGAUGCAAACUGCUACAGCCCAGCGAAACACAAGCCGUCAAGUACUGCAGAAGACAGGCGCGGUAAAAAGAGAAAAUAUCUAUUGGACGCGAGCAAUGCCUGCAGAAGUUGCCCCGGCUGCCUGCGGGCGGUGGACUGCGGCACGUGUGCCAACUGUCGCAGGAGAGUCUCCCACCUGUCGUCCGGCAAGUGCGUGGAGCGCCAGUGCGUCCGCACGACCAAGGGCGCGUCGCACCGCCGGCGCAAGGACUCCAGCUCGGACGGGGAGCACGGCGGGGGCCGGGCCCCGGGAGAGGCCCCGCGCCAGUGCUACGGGCCCGCCUGCACCAAGGCUGCUCGCCACGCCAGCAAGUACUGCAGCGACGACUGUGGCAUGAAGCUGGCAGCCAGUCGCAUCUACCAGGUGCUGCCACAGCGCAUCCACGAGUGGUCGCUGUCCACGUCGGUGGCGGAGGAGGGCAACAAGAAGUCCUUGGAGAGUGUCCGCAAGCAGCAGCUGGCGGUUCGCAAGACCCUGCAGGAACUCGACAAGCGCCAGAAGGAGCUGGACGACUUCAUAACUGGAGCGAAGACUGCGACCAUCGACUCGCACUGCGAGGACGAGAGCGAAGACGAGCCGGAGAUGAGCAUGUACUGCAUCACGUGUGGCAUCGAGGUCAACUCCCGGCUCUUCAUCAAGCACAUAGAGAAGUGCUUCUGCAAGUACGAGAGCCAGUCGUCGUUCGGGUCCAUCUACAAGACCCGCAUCGAAGGCAACAACAUGUUCUGUGACUACUACAACCCCAUGAACCGCACCUACUGCAAGAGGCUGCGAGUCCUGUGCCCGGAGCACUGCAAGGAGGCCAAGGUGUCUCCGACCGAGGUGUGCGGCUGCCCGCUGGUGACGAACGUGUUUGAUCUCACGGGGGAGUUCUGCCGGGCGGCCAAGAAGACCUGCCUGCGACACUACUGCUGGGAGAAGCUGCACCGCGCACAGAUCGACAUGGAGCGAGUACGCCAGUGGCUGAAGCUGGACGAGCUGGUGGAGCAGGAGCGGCAGAUCAGGCACCUGAUGGCCAGUCGAGCCGGCGUGUUGGCACUCAUGCUGCACUCCACGUACGACCACGAGCUCAUGGAGCAAGGUCGCGAGGCCAUAGAGAAGCUGCAGCGCCAGUACCAGGCGUGAGCUUCCACGCUCCUUGUGUUGUGUUCGGACCACUUGGUUCCAUUAAAAUCAUUGUGCAAAUAA